CUGCUCUAGCCAGUCGUUUGGAAACGGUCGUACAAUAGUGUAGACCAUCGCUUUCCGCCGAAUGCAUCACACUGGCAAGCACAGUAUCCUGAAACUCUACUGUACCUUGUUAGGUGCGCGCAUACUGUUAUUCCCAGAGCUGCCUUUACAACCACCGCAUGCUCCACAGGCUUGGGGCACGGACUGGACCGUGUUCAAGACUAGCUGGAACCAUGUCAUUACUCGGUCACCACGUAACACACACCUUUCCUGAGGCUCGCAAUGCACGCCUGUUGCCUACGCUUCAUGCGGGCCCUCGCCGGGGCGUCAUCGUGGCCGCGACAGCGACUCGCCCCAGGGGAUUCCCUGGUGUGACCACCCGUUUAGAGGAUAUAAGUGAGCUAAGAAACCUGGGAGUCGAGUCGUCAGAGAUGCGCGACCUGGAGUUGCGCGAUGUGCGGUCCGUGUCGUACGUUUCCCGCCGCCGCCUGGAUUCCGCCGACUUCGACCCCGAUGCGGUUGACGGCGAGGGGCUGCCGCUGGUGUACAACGAGGCUCGCAUUGCGGCCUACUGGGGCGGCCGGCCGGGGGAGCUGGCGGGCAGGUGGACGCAGUUCGCGGCGGUGUCGGCCCCCUGGCUGACCAAGCUGGCUAACGCGGUGCUGUCCGGCCGCCUCACCGCCCAGCGGGCUGCGCUGGCUCGCGAGGCGGUGGACAACUUGCAGCGGCUGGGACCCACCUUCGUGAAGCUGGGGCAGAUACUUAGUAUCCGUCCCGACGUGCUGCCCCCCGAUGUGCUCGGCGAGCUGUCCCGACUGCAGGACCGCAUUCAGCCUUUCCCGUGCGAGCAAGCAAGACAGGUAAUCGAGCAGGAGCUGGGCGCCCCGCUGGAGCAGCUCUUCUCGCACUUCUCCGAGCAGCCGGUGGCGGCCGCUAGCCUGGCGCAGGUGUACCGCGCCCGGCUGCGUUCCACCGGCGAGGAGGUGGCGGUGAAGGUGCAGCGGCCGCAGGCACUGGCCACCAUCAGCAAGGACCUGUACGUCAUGCGCCGUGCAGUUGGUGUGUACGAGCGGCUGGUGCGGCGCUUCACCGCGCAGACCACCGACUACCAGCGGCUGCUGUCCACCUUUGCGGAGGGGCUGUACACGGAGAUGGACUUCCGGAACGAGGCGCUGAACGCGAUGAGGAUGGCGGAGUUACUUGAGCAGAGUGAGUUUGCCAGCCGCGACAUCGUCAUUCCCAAACCCCACAUGGAGCUCACCACGAGGCGUGUACUCACCAUGGAGUGGGUUACGGGUGUGAAGCUGACCACGCUGGAGCCGCAGGAGAUACGGGGGCUGGUCAAGGUGGGUCAGGAGGCCUUCCUGACGCAGCUGCUGGAGAUCGGGUUCUUCCACGGCGACCCGCACCCGGGCAACCUGCUCAAGGUCACGGAGGGCCCCCACACGGGCAAGCUGGCGCUGCUUGACUUUGGGUUGGUGGCGGAGAUACCGCCCGAGGACCGACAGGCCAUGGUGUCCGCCACCAUCCACCUGGCCAACCGCGACUGGAGUGCACUGGUCGGGGACUUCAUCGCGCUGGGGUUCCUGCCGGAGCGGACGGACAGGGCGGUGGUCAUACCCGUCAUGGACAGGGUCCUGUCCCCCUACCUGCGCGGGGGGGGCGCCGCCGCCUUCAACUUCUCCGCCCUCUCGCAGGACCUGCUGGCCGCCACUCUGGAGAUUCCCUUCUCCGUGCCGCCGUACAUGAGCCUGCUGGCACGCAGUGUUGCCACGCUGGAGGGUAUCGCACUGGUUGGCGACCCGCAGUACGCCAUGGUGGCGCAGGCCUACCCCUUCGUGGCGCGCAAGGUCCUCCGCAACGACUCCUCCUCCGCCUCCGCCCUGCUGCGCGACCUGCUGCUCAUCCGGGACGCGGCGGGGGCAGGGGCAGGAGGCGCUGGAGAGGCCUCCUCCCCCCAGCUGGCCUCCCGCCGCCUGGCCGCGCUGCUGCAUGCGGCCCUGGGCUACACGGCCGCCAGCAGUCAGGGGUUCGUGGACUUUGAUGCGCUGCCGGAGGAGGGGGCGAGCGUGCAGGAGAUGGCUGCCUUCCUGCUUUCCCCCGAGGCUCGCGAGCUGCGCCCCCUGCUGGUGGGCUGGCUGGCGGGCGGGUUGGACCUGCUGCUGCGGGACCGACUGCGCAAGGCGGCAGCGCUGGCGGAGGCGGCGCUCACACCUCGGCUGCCGGGGCUGGGGCUGCUGGGACGGCUCCUGCCGGGGCUCAUGGGGCUGCCGCUGCCACCGUUGGCGCCGGCGGCAGGGGUACAAGGGGGGGUGCAACAGCAACAACAACAGCAGCAGUCGUCAUCUCAAUUGUCAUCAGCACCAUCAGCAUCUUGGUCGCUGGCUCCCCCCGUGUGGCUGCCGGGGCGGGGUCUGCUGCCGCUGGGUCGGGCGGUGGAGGAGCUGGCGCCGCCGCUGGGGCAGGAGGAGCAGGUGUAUCUGCAGCAGCUGAGCGAGCUGGCGGGCGGUGUGCUGGGCGUGUCUCCCGCCGCCCAAGACGCGGUGCUGUCCUCCCCCGCCGCCCUGCUGGCCCUGCUGGCCAGUCCGCCGGAGCAGGUACGGCAGCUGGCGGGGGCGCUAGCAGGGCUGAUGCGAGGCAGCGAGGACAACCGGCAGGCCGCCACGGAGGUGGCAGUGGCGGUGGUGGAGCAGCUGGCCGGGCUGCAGGCGGGGCGGCUGGGGGUGGGGCGAGAGCAGCUGAUGCCGCCCGGUUGGGGGGCGGUGCGGGCGGCACUGCUGAGGAGGGG